UAAAACUUGAUCCUAUAAAAAUAUCGAAUAUCCUAUUAAUUUAAAAAUAAUCGACAUAUAUGUCGAUAAUACGUAUCUCUCUCUGAUCCGAUACACUAAAAUCGUGGGUUGGGACGUUUGUAUGUUUUUUAAUUGGCUGCGGGACCCACCGCACUUCUCAAAUCUCCAUCCUCGUUUGGUUUCACCGAUCCUUCUCUAACCCCUUCCAUUUCUUCACCUGUUCCUGCCUUUUCGUCACAAUCUACGCUCAGGAAAGAUACCAUGUCAUCUCUGGGCACUUCCAAAGGGAUUCUAGAAAUUGCCAAGUUUGGUGUGUAUGUGACUGUGCCAAUCAUUCUCAUGUACACUUUUGCCAACAAUUCCAGCAACCUCCGCAAGUUCAUGGGAAAUAGGUCAUACAUUGAAUAUCCACCAGAGGCAGAAAGGCCACCAUCACCGGAUGAACUUAGGGAAAUGGCACGGGAGAUGGCCCGUAGGAGGAAUAGUGCUUGAUGUUUCAUGUGGUGAUAUCAAUUGUUCUAUGACAAAGAUAAGUGAAAAGAGUCACAAUCAAAUAAUGACACUUAAAGUUAUUAUGCUCUUAAGUAGAAAGAAAUGUAACCUGACUAACAACUAUAACUAGAAAACUUAUGUCAACUGCCUAUAAACGUAAUCUAUUUAGUGAUCAGGUUAUCAAGAAUUUGUGAUCAGGUUGAGAGUGCACAGAAUGAGAUUGCAAAAGGUGGAGUUUGAGGCCUCAAUCUAAGGUUGAAAUUGUUGACAAGUUGAACCAUUGAAUUAGGAAGCAAACUCUAGUUCAGAUUUCUGCAAGUGACAUGCUUGACAAAAUAGAAAGGCAGUUGAGGUGUUGUGGAGCUUUCAGAGACAAGUAUAUAUUAUACCACUUAACUCUUCUUCUCUUAGUUUUUUUUUUUUUUUGUUUUUUUUUCCCGUAAAUGGAACUACUAUGUCGAUCUUAUGAUAAUAGAUUAUAAUCGUCUUGCCUGGUCAAUGAUGUGUCUUUAGUAAGAAAAUUUAUGGUAAUAUAUGCGUCGAAGCUUGGGGUUU